AUGUCAAAUCCAUUGAAAGAGCCAAAAGAAGAUACCCCAGGAACUGCUCGUCACAUGAGGGAAGAUAAUGAGUAUGUUCGGCUUGUUGUGGCUCAUGAAGCUGCUCCAGCUGAAACCGUUUCGCCAAUAUCUCAAUCCGAGAUUCGGAGUAAAAAACUGAUGUGGUGGUUUAAAGCUUUGGGGAUAUGUGCACUUACUCUCUUGCUCACACUUAUUUUCGCCAAAUGGGGAGUUCCUUUUGUAUUCCAAAAGGUUCUUAUUCCAAUAUUGCAAUGGGAAGCAACUGCUUUUGGCCGUCCUACGCUCGCGAUUGUUCUUGUUGUUUCUUUAGCUCUGUUCCCUGUGUUCUUGAUACCUUCUGGUCCAUCCAUGUGGUUAGCUGGGAUGAUUUUCGGUUAUGGUCUCGGUUUCGUUAUAAUCAUGGUUGGAACCACUGUUGGCAUGGUUCUUCCUUACCUAAUCGGGCUAAUGUUCCGUGAACGCCUCCAUCAAUGGUUAAAAAGGUGGCCUCGUCAAGCUGCUGUUCUUAGACUAGCUGCAGAAGGAAGCUGGUUCCAUCAGUUCAGAGUCGUGGCAAUCUUUCGGGUUUCGCCGUUUCCUUACACGAUUUUCAACUACGCAAUCGUCGUGACAAGCAUGAGAUUCUGGCCUUACUUGUUUGGUUCCAUAGCAGGAAUGAUACCAGAAGCUUUCAUCUACAUCUACAGUGGUCGGUUGAUCAGAACAUUCGCGGAUGUGCAAUACGGACAUCAACGAUUGACAACAGUGGAGAUUGUGUACAACGUGAUCUCCUUAAUCAUUGCGGUUGUGACCACUGUGGCUUUCACUGUGUACGCUAAAAGAGCUUUGAGAGAGCUUCAAAACGCGGAAGCUAACGAAGAUGAAGAAGUUCAGGUAAGAAAACAGGCGAGAUUUGAGAUGAAGAACGUUGUUGAACAAGAAGAUAGUAAUCAUCGGCGUUUGGGUUCUUCUCACGCAUUGCCCUAA